AUGGUGGAAAUAUUCGCAGAGCGGUAUCUACGAACACCUAACGCUAACGAUAUUGCUAGGCUACUCUAUAUUGGAAAAAAACGUGGUUUUCCAGGAAUGUUAGGAAGUCUUGAUUGUAUGCAUUGGAAAUGGAAAAAUUGUCCAACAGCAUGGUCUGGGCAAUACACAGGACGUAGUGGGUCACCAACUAUUAUCCUCGAAGCUGUGGCAGAUUAUGAUCUUUGGAUAUGGCACGCAUAUUUUGGUAUGCCAGGCACCAAUAAUGAUAUCAAUGUGCUGGAGUCAUCUAAUCUUUUCUCUAACCUAGCUCAAGGUAUUGCUCCUCCCGCUCACUAUGUUAUUCAAGGAAAAGAGUAUAAUAUGGGUUAUUAUUUAGCUGAUGGUAUAUAUCCGAAAUGGGCUACUAUUGUACAAACAAUCCAACAGCCACAAGGUAGGAAGAAAAAAUAUUUUGCCAUGAAACAGGAAGCAUGUAGAAAAGAUGUAGAACGUGCGUUCGGAGUUCUCCAAUCACGAUUUGCAAUCGUGGCAGGAUCAGCACGUUUUUGGAAAAAACAUGUAUUACAUGACAUAAUGACUGCAUGCAUUAUUAUGCACAAUAUGAUAAUCGAGGAUGAACGUGAUCUUUAUGCACCAAUUCAAGAAGUGAGGGAAGCACCAACACCAGAAGUUGAUAUGGUAGCAGAUGAAACUACAAGAUUUACUCAAUUUAUUGCACGUUACGGAAAAAUCAAGGAUAAAGAUGCCCAUAUUGCGCUUCGUAAUGCAUUGAUAGAUCAUCUAUGGGAGGAAUACACUAAUUCAGAUAGUUAA